AUGGGCAUUGAUGAAUUACACAAGGAUGAACAUUUACCCGCUGAAGCUCAAAUAUCCAAUGAACUGCCUUCUCAACUAGAAGAUAUCACCUUGGUUGUCGAACAGAAUGAUGUCGUUGCCCGAAUUGCCAAGCCACGUGUCAUUGACCCUGCUCAUACCCGGAUGCCCGCGGAUAGUUAUGAAAGAUACGCGGUGUGCGAUCGUAGCUAG